GCGGAAGUCGUCUUGAAGAGCUUCUCCACCUUCACCUUGUGAAAGCUUUUAAAUUCGGAGCCGCGCUUGGAUCCUCUGCCAAUUCUGUUGCUGCAUUCCAACCAAGUGUUACGGAUACGUUUUUUAAGAUGAAAAAAUUUCUGCUGAUUUGUCACCUAAUAGUAGCGGCCCAUUCCGCUGGUCAGGGUAAAAAAAUCAGCUUAGAAAAUAUUGAUGAUUACUCGGCAACCAACAGAGCUUCGAAUACUCUUCAAACAAAACCAAACAAUCAAGUGUCUUCGCCAACUAAAUUCGGAUUCGUUCCAACCAGAACGGCAGAAUCUUACGCAGCUACUCAACCAAAGCAAACUUUUUUUCAAGAUUCGAUAAGGGUGAAACAACCCGGCUCAAAUUAUCAACUCCAGCAAUAUAAACUGCCUAAUAAAUAUGCCGCGAACAUAGACUAUUCGCAAGAUUACUCUAACGUUCAGCAACAUGCUCCCCAACAGCCUCAGCAAUAUCCAUACCUACAGCCAGAUUUAGGUUUCCAGCAGUACCAGAAGCCUGCGCCGCAACAAUACGAGCAAACUUCUCAGGUUUACCAACAACCUGCUCAGCAUUACCAACAGUACGAGAACGUACAUUAUUUGACAGAGAAUUCAUUAUCUCAAUCCGACAACCAACAGUAUUACCCUCAAGUUCCACAGUAUUAUUACGUACAACAGUACCAAGCUCCCACGACUGCCGUGGAAACUGUUGUUGAUCCCAAAGCCGGUGUUCAAUACGUCAUGUACUUACCAGCUUCAUCAGAGUACUCCCCAAAUGCAAUUCAGAAUGAUCAGAAAUACCAAGACGUCUAUUCUGAUUACCAUCAGAUUCCUGCAAUCAGCGUGAAGUACACAGUAGCAAAUCCCAAGAAAUAUACCACAAUAUCAAGCAGCCAAAAGCACAUUCAACCGUCAAAAGUUCGGAAUCAAAAGCAGCAGGAGUACAUAAUCAAAAGGGAGCCUAAGAGUUUGUUGGAUUCCUACAUACCUUCAGCUGUACAGCUGAGGUAUUUGGAGCAAUCUAGACAGAAUAAGAAGUACAACUAAUAAAAUAAGACUUGUAAUAAUUUUAAGCUAAUUCUAAUUAAUUUUGUAUUAAAGAGUGCCUUUCUGAUGCAUUGUAUAGUAAUCAUGAGCGUCAGCUUGUGGAAUUUAUUUUUUUGUUGUUCGUUGACAGUUGCUUAACAAUAUCGGUCCUGUUGGCCAGUCAGAAAAUUGAUUUUGUUAUUGCUGUUCGCGUUUUAUUUAUUUUUAUAAUAUUUUGAAUAUACGUUUAAUCUGCUAAGUUGGGUAUUACUAUUGGGGUCACAUUAUUACACCCCAUAUAGUACAAUAGGCGUUACAUAUAUUACGAUUUAUCAACUGAUAAAUUGGAUAGGACGCGCUGUAAAUGCUAGAU